AGGAUUUACGACUGGUCAACAAAGGCACGUGAUUCCCGAACGCUCUCCCAUAUUUGGCCGCAUACCUGGCAAAGUACAGUAGGGCUUCAUUGCUUAUAAUUCAUGAUUGCAUCCAUAAAUCGUGCAAGCACACAGGAUUAUAGCGACAAAGAUCUACAAAUCGAGGCUUUAAAAAUCCAAGCAAAUGAGCUCUUACUUUGUAAACUCGUUCUCAGGGCGCUAUCCAAAUGGCUCCGACUAUCAGUUACUAAAUUAUGGGACUAACGGCGCUGUGAGCGGCUCCUUCAGAGACCCUGGCACCAUGCACUCCGGGUCUUUCGGCUACAACUACAAUGGCAUGGACCUAACCGUGAACCGCACCAACACCGGCAGCCACUUCGGUGCCGUGCGGGAGGAUGCCCGGGGAUUCGGGCCGGACGCCCGCUACAGACAGACGCCCAACUGCUCGCUCUCCUCUCCAGACCCGGUGCCUCCGUCGUGCGCCACCGCCAGCCGGGAGCCGCUGGAACUAAAGAGCCCCUCUCCCCCGUCUGACCGGAGCGCGACCUCCGGCGGCAACACGCUCAGCAAAAGCAACAGCGCGCAUUUCACGGAGAUAGAGGACGCCACGGUCGCCUCCGAGAGCGAGGAGGGCGCGCACGGCAGCGGCGGCUCCAACGCGGUGCCGCGGGCGCAGCAGCAGCAGCACCAGGACUCCAGCGCCACCUCUUCUGCUCCCACGUCAAACGACUGCCAAACGCCACAAAUAUUCCCCUGGAUGCGGAAACUGCACAUAAGCCAUGAUAUGACUGGACCUGACGGGAAGCGGGCCCGCACUGCGUACACCCGCUACCAGACGCUAGAGCUGGAGAAAGAGUUUCACUUCAAUAGGUACCUAACCAGACGGCGGAGGAUAGAGAUAGCCCACGCCCUGUGUCUUUCCGAGAGACAGAUCAAAAUCUGGUUUCAGAACCGCAGGAUGAAGUGGAAGAAGGACAAUAAACUGAAAAGCAUGAGUCUCGUAACGGGAGGAAGCGCCUUCCACAACUGACCACCAUUGAGAAUGAAAGAAAAAGAAAGAAUCCAUGAGUACUGUAAAGCUAUUGACAGCGCAGCACCUUCCAGCAUGCUAUUGUGGUAGAAAAAGAAGUAUCCUGUGGUCGUAUGGUCUCACUUUUAGUUUCCCCCGUCGUUGUUACUCACAUAGCUUAGACGUCCUGUUUGGAAAGUGAAGAUGUAAAUAUCUCUGGGGGUCAUAAUUGUCCAUGCUCUUUGCUCUUUUUCUCUUGAAGGUGUUUCAACUUCAGCUCUUUAUUGUGAUUUCUUCGGUCUAACAGGCGUAAAUUCACACAGUUUAAAAGGAAAAAAAAAACGACAACAAAAAAGAGACGUUUCCAACCACAUGCUGCUCUUCAUUGAAUGUAAUGUACUGCGGGGCCAUGAAGCGCUUUAGUGUAACUUUUCCUGCUAUUUUUGAUGGUAAACUUGUGGCCAGAUCCAUAAACUUUCAUAAACAAGCCAAUGUGUAGCUCUAGGAUAUUUUGUGCAUCUAUUAUUAUUAUUAUUAUUAUUAUAAUUAUUAUUAUUGUUUAGACGUAAUUAUGAGCAAUGCAAAUGUAUUCAACCUGUCAAUGUGAUAAACUUUAGUGCAAAGGGUUAUUCUGUGGAUAGGCAGUGAUGUGAGCUUUUUUCGCCAAUAAGCUUUUUGUAUUUGUAAGUGAACUCAUAGCGCUUGGAAAUAAAGUUUCUCCCAAUUGCUUUGAA